AAUCAAUAAAAACAUAAAAUUUAAUGCGCAAGGAGCAUCAGAAGUAGGAACAGGAACAAAAAUAAUAUUCCUAAAGGACGACAACAAAACACAUAGUAAUUUUUGUACAGCUGGGGAGGCAUACAACUUGCAGUAAAAUCGUGGAAAAAGGAUACGAAGUUAUUUACCCGGACACCUGCAGAAAAUCGAAGGUGAGCGAAUAUUGAGUAUUUUCCGUUAAAGAGAAACAAAACAGAAAGAUCUGAUUUGGGUUCAAUUGAGGAUCAAUCCAUCCUCCAGGGGAAGAAGAAGCCACAAGCAAAAGAACCUAAGGAAGCAAUCAACAAUCCGCAGAAAUAAAGAGGGAGCUAAAAAAAAACAAAAAUUUGCAGCAAGUUAGAAAGAAAGAAGUACGAGGGAGCUCCGGAAGAUUCCGAGGCGAAUCCAAAGAUUACAACAAAAUGUAUAAAACCAUUAGGCACGGGGAAAAUAGUCUGCAGUACACGAUUUUGCCGCAGAACGACGACUUUCGCAUCGAGGGAAAACUUUCAGGCUCAGGACGUUCGGCCUCUGCCGGCGGAGGAGCCUCGUCUUCCGGAUCGUCAACCUCUUCUACAGGACCCGUCAAAGCCAAAGGCCAGCGACGACGGCGGUCCUUCUUCGCCUAUUUGGGCUUAAUUUUUGUGUGCACCGUGAUCAUUGGGGCCGUGCUUAUCCCCUUUUUGGUUUCUGCCGAGUGUCUACCAAAUCCUACAGAAUGGUUCUUGAAAACUAAGGCGGCGCUGAUCCACAGCUCACAAAGAGGAGGAUCGGGGGGGAGUGGGGAGGCUGUCGGGAAUUCCAUAUCACCCACAGGAUCUCCCCUGCUGCAGCAGAAUGUGGGAAGAAAUGUGCAGAUUGUUAACCGGAAUGGCAUCGAACAGUUUAUAAUCCGUCUGAAUAAAACUAACUCGAAUGCCACUACCACCAGAAGCUCCACCACCAUGUCAACCACCACCAGCAGCUCCAGUACCACCACCACCACCACCACAACUACCACGACAACCACCCAAGCUCCUACAACAACAACCACUACUACAACCAGGGAGCACCCAAUGACCACACCGCGAUAUUCGCCGCCUGCCACCACAAUCACCACCCGAAUCAUCCAGGUUCCCCUUCUGAAAUCCGCUGCCAAGAAACCCAUAAUGCCACCCGUUUUGGCCAAAGCCCAGGAACCCCAAAUUCAGACCGGCGCUGGCCAAAAUUCCAGGAUGCAAGUACAAUCAGACACGGAAGAACAAUCUUCGGACUCGGGAAUCGGCCUGGGCAACGAAAAGAGCAACAGCGCCUGGAUAAAAACGCACUGGGCUUACAUUGAUCCCUCGACCUACUUCCAAUGGACCGGCUACAAGGACGAGGAUAGUGUUCUGCUGCCAGCUCUUUUGGGUUUCGCCCUCAUCGGAGUGAUUUUGAUAAUAACGGUUUGCCUGGUGGCACGCAACAAGCGCACCAUUGUGUCCUCCGUCCGCAAGCGAAAUCGCAAUGAUAUUGAGGAACAGGGCACCGAGGAUAACGCCACCCUGCUGACCGCCACCAAUAUGUCGGACGACGAUUAAUUGGAGCUCGUCUAGAUGAUUCCCAGAUUAUUCCCGAUUAUCCUUCCAUUGAAGCUUUUGUUUAUUGGCCUGCUUAACCCGUCCGAAAUAGCUGGGAUAUCGGCCACUUCCGUUUUUGAGACAUGCGUAUUUACCUUAAUUUAAGCUAAGAAUGCCCCACACUCUAUAGUAAAUAUAGCGGAUCUCAGCGCUGUCCAACAAGCCAAGCUAAUAUGCUUAAACCGAAACCUAAGAAACUUUCUCUGUUAUGUUUCUUCGUCCCUUUCUACAAAAAAAGCAAGCGGAAAGGAAACAAAAAAAUAUUUCUAAAAAUGAAGAAGACUGUUUCUGAAACGACAUGAACACAAGCGAGCUAAUUUUUAUAGUUUUCCACAAAAUAUUUAAUGCUUUUAUAUCUCGUUUUUCGAAAGUAUCUUAUUCCCUGUGUGUUUGAGAAUGUGUGUGUGAGAGCUGAUUCCUCGAUCCAUUAAGAUACAUACGUAUAAAUUUAUGAAUAUAAAUACGUAUAUAUAUGAAAUAUUCAUGAGCUAGCUCGAUAAUUUAAAUUGCUAAAUUAGAAUUAUGAUUGGAACUACAAAUUUCCAUUUAUCACAAAGAAAUUAGACUUCUAACAGGUACAGUGCGCUUUAAAGCACGAAGAAAAAAACAACUUCAAUGCAAAAUAUUAAAUCUUUAUUAACAUCAACAAUACUUUUUAAUAAGGGAGCUCCUUUCAACAUAAUUGUACUCAAAAAAGGAGUUUUAUACAAUCUUGCUGCUCUAAGCCGCGCUGUACCGCAAAAUUUACCUAUAAAAUCGUAAGACACAUAAAAUAAAAAAAUCACCAAAUUUAAAUUUCGUGUGAGCCCAAGGAAAUCGCACCCAAAUCAAAUGAAAACGUCCAGAAUAAGAAUAUUUUUUGCGUAAAAAGUGCUUCUCCUUGCUGAGCGUGGACUAUUUUUGAUUUAAAGCACAAAAAUGUUGAGGGAUGCAUUUAGCCUGCCAAGGAUCUGGAUUCAAAUUUAUGUUAGAAUCCUGCACAGCUAGUAAACAUAAAACACCCAAAAAGCUUGCAGAAUAAAUUCAGAUUGGGCAGUAAAACCAGGAAGGAAGUAGAGUUUGUAGCGAGGGACUAUUGUAUGUCUACAUAAACUGUGUAUAACUGUGAAGCAUUGACAAGUAUUUGAGAUGAUCUGUAUUUUUGUAAGCCUAAUAUUUAAAGCGACAACCAAUAAUAAAAAAAAAACAACUCCAGAGAAGCAACUACAAAGCAUAAGAUAUCGGGCGGGGCACUCGCAACGCAAAAUUGAUUUGCUCAACAUAUAUACACACAUAAUAUAUACAUAAUAUAUAUAUAUAUAUAUAUAUAUAUAUAUAUAUAUAUUUACAAAAAUAUGUUACGCAAAGUAUAAGGCUUGCAUUUACAUUUACAAGCGGGAUAUAUCCUCCAUAUGUAUAUGUUAUCACUAAUUUGCAAAGCUAAACUAAAUCCAUAUAUACAAAACAGAUAUCCGACCGGAGAUGACAAACACACACACUAUAUUGAAUGUUUUUGCUUGUUAAAGUGCAUAAUAAAGAAGAAAACUCAAAACAAUGGAAAA